AUGGCACCACAACUAACCAUCAUUCCCGGAAUUGGGUUGUGGCACGUUCAUGGCCAUCAGGACAGCUGCUAUGUGAGAUAUGCUUCUAACUUUAUUGAAGGCAUUGGUCGGAUCGAUGGAGAGAUCAUGGAGACGCUAUGGGCAUGGCUCAAUCUGAUCUCCCCUGCUGCUCAGGGAAUGUCAUCUCCCCACCGAAAGGAAUGCCUUGAUUAUCAGAUGAAUGACUCCAAUUUCUGCAAGAUGAUUCACAUGAAAAGGACUCUAUGCCGGAAAUACAAGCUGGCAAGGAAUGGCAUCUCGGAAAGUGGAAAGGCAUUUGACAGACUUGAUGAAGCAGCACCCUCACAUUUGAAGACAGAAUGGUUAGCCAGGGAGAGGAUAGCUCAGUCAAGCAGAUUGAAUGAUCCUUCGGCGAUGGAUGAAUAUGAGAUCAAUAUAAAAAAGGCACCUAGCAAAAAGGAGAUUGAGCUUAGAUUAUUAGAGGAGGGUAACGCCCGCAAUGCAGCACCCUCUUGCAGAUCUGUGGCGACGUGGAUAUCAACAGGGUUAGCAAUUGAAGAGGCUCAGAUUGCAUUGCUCAUCAAGGUCCAAAGGAUCGGAAGAAGAUCCACCGAGACACAGAGAUUAGACAUCGCCCGUCAAUGCAAUCGGCUCCAAGGCCAGACAGAUGGAUUUGCUCAGUCUGCUCUAACACAUCUCGGGGAGGGAUUUGAUGCAGAUGAUGAACCUGAGGACUUGAAUGUAGACAUUCUAGAUGAUCUCGAUGAUGACCCGGCGGAUUUCACAGAGACAUCUCAUACAUGGACAAACUCUCCCGAGCUCACUGUAAUCCCGUUGCCAUCAAACCUGGGGGUUGAUAGAUGCAGACGAUGCAUGGCAGAGGAUCUGAUUCCCCUGGAGAUGUCGCUUCGUGAAGGGCAGGCCAAUGAUGCCCUUCACAAUCUCCGCAUUUACCUUUGCAACAAGGCCAUCCUGUUCCGAACAACCGUUAGGCAGGCCAAAUCCCAGGCCCUGAAAACUCGAGCUUGGUCCCAGGUGAUGUCGGUGCAGCAGGCAGUCUCCCUCCAUGCCAGCAUAUAUACAAAGACCAGGAAGCAAAUGAUGAAACUUGAGCCGGGGCAAGACCAGCUUCAGAAAUACAAACCCCUGCUUCGCGAGCAACUCAAAAUUAGCACUGCAUCGACCUCGGGGGUCCUGAUCAAUCGUGGAAUGAGGAAUGAAUCAUUGGAGAAACGCCUUCCGGGUCACGGAUGCUACGCCGGAAGGCAAUCCCAAAUGUAUUCAUUGCUCGCACAGGAUGCGCAGGCAGCUUUUCAAGACCUACAAAAUCGCCAUAGUCCUGUAUUAGCCAUGCCUGCAACUCCUGCAUCCACUUCUGGCACUCUGAAUGCCGGAAGCCAUUACCGACCCCUGAAGCUGAGCCUUGCAACUAUUUCCUGCACAUUGGCAAUGGCUGGAUCGCGGGUCCGUGCAUGCAUCUCUCAAUAUCGGACGGAAGCUGCCAACAAUGGUCUAUCUUCUGACCGGAUCAAGUAUUUUAAAGCCGGGCUGCAAUGGGAGAUGAAUACUUUUGUCACACCACUCCUGCAGUACUCCGCUUCACAGAAUAUCGUGUCGGUUCUUCCGGUCCCUGUCGCUUAUAUCCUUAAGUUGUAUCCCAUGCUAACCUGGAACACAGUUCCGGACGACAUCUUUUCAUUCCACCUCCUUGCAUUUGAUGAUGAGGCAAUUGCAGGACAUCCGUCCCGGAUUGUGUUCAAAUAUACAUGUCCAUGGUGGAUGGGAAACACCACAAUCCCGGAUCAACCAUGGCAGUGGGAUGAAAUAAUGGCUUCCUGCGUCUCUCACUACCAGUAUUGGGCGCUUAAUGUUGAGGAUGAUGCUUUGGUUCUUCCAGAGAAGUUGAAAAACACUUCGACUCCACCACUUAUGGGACUGAGGUGGAUUAAAGAACACAUGGAAGCAUUGAUGGAGGAGCAAGAUCAUGGCAUCAAAGCCAAGAUGGCAGAGGUGAAGAUGUACACUGACAUGUUAGAGAAAUUGAGGAAAGGCAAAGGAGUAUGUAAAAUAUUCUAUGCAUUCAAAAAUCACGCAUCCGAGUCCCGGAAGCCCGGGUCCCGAGUCCCGAAUUUCGGAGUUCGGGGUUUGGCGACCCGGAGCUCGGCAACUGUGUUGGGUGUCAGGGUAUCGGGAGCAUUGGAAAUCGCAUUUGGACUCGGUAUUCAGAACAGUGUGGAGUCCCAGGUCACGAGCUCCGAGUCCCGAGUCCCAGAAGCCCGGGUCCCGAGUCCCGAAUUUUGGAGUUCGGGGUUCGGCGACCCAGAGCUCGGCAACUGUGUUGGGUGUCAGGGUAUCGGGAGCAUUGGAGAUCGCAUGUGUCAGUAUUUUGAGUUUCAUGGUUCAUGUUUGCUGAUUAUGGAAUCGGGUGUCAGGGACUCGGUAUUCAGAAGUGUCGAGUCCCAAGUCACGAGCUCUGAGUCCCGAGUCCCGAAACCCAUUGUGCGGGACUCGGGACUGUUUCGGGACUCGGGACUCGGAGCUCGUGACUUGGGACUCGACACUUCUGAAUACCGAGUCCCUGACACCCGAUUCCAUAAUCAGCAAACAUGA